GCAAGGUGUUACUUCCAGGUUCACAUCUUACCCCAACCAACAUCGACUCAAGAACAAUAUUCACGGUGGCAACGUCGUCAGUCAAUCCUCGCCAGACUUGUCUAGGGUUGACGAGAAGGACUAUGGGCACGGCACCAACCCGUCUGGUACGACCCACUUUUUGGGGUUGAAGAAGGGUCUUUACAAGUCGUCUUCCGCCUCGGCGACCAAGAACGACCUGCAUGCAAGGUUCAACUUGUCAAAGGAUCAUCGACAGUCGUCCCCGCUCGGUCUCGGUCGUGGUCCUGCAGGAAAUGGCAACAACGAGAACCAUGGCCGAGUUGUUGGUACCCGAUAGGAAGUUGGGAUCGGACCCCACAUGGAGCGAGUCGUUGAAGAACACUGUCAAGUCUUCAUACAUCGUCUACCUCCUCCCUCUCGUUCCCGUCGCUUGGGCUUUACACUUUUCCCACCAAUCCGACGUGAUCGUAUUCGUAUUCUCCUUCCUCGCCGUCAUCCCUCUCGCAUCCUUGUUGUCGUUCGCGACCGAGCAACUGGCCCUCCGGACCGGCGACGCUCUCGGUGGUCUCUUGAACGCUACUUUCGGAAACGCCGUCGAACUCCUCAUCAGUAUCUUGGCUCUGGUGAAGGGGGAAAUCGGGUUGGUGCAAGCCAGCAUGAUCGGGUCCAUCCUCAGUAACACGUUGUUGGUCCUCGGAUGUUGUUUCCUCGCGGGAGGUUUGAGGUUCCACGAGCAGAUCUACUCGACCUCGGCGACUCAGCUGCAGAUCUCGUUGCUCGGUAUCGCCAUGUGCGCUCUGGUUCUCCCCGCGGCGUUCCAGUUCUCCCUAUCGUCCUUGUCCACGACGGUGGCAACGCGUCCGAUAGAAGAGAUCACCGAUCUCGAUAGCAGCCAGCGGGCGACCCUAUUGUCGAUCUCGAGGGGUGUCAGCUUCAUGUUGCUCUCGACCUACGCGGUCUACCUGGUCUUCCAGCUGUACACCCACGCCUACUUGUUCAAGCGUCGCCCACAAGCCAACAAGCGACCUCAUCACGAGCCCGGUGAACCUCACCCGAACCAUGAAAAGGUCAUUCCGAUCAACGAAUGGGUGGCUGCCGUUCGAUCCCGUGGAAGCGCUUCGAGCUCAUCGGACGGAUUGACGCCGACCACGACCAGGGACACUACCUUGAUGCACACCAACACCAUCGAUGGUACUACUGGAAACAGUACUGCCAUCGACGUCGAGCUCGGUGGGACCGCCCCUCCUUCUAUCAGGGACAACCGGUCCAUGCUCGAGUUCGGCACCGACGACGAUGAAGAGGAAGAAGAGAAACCCUUGGUCAAGGCCAUCUUUGCUCUCGUGCUCUUGCUCGCGGUAACCGGUAUCACCGGUGUCACUGCCGAGUUCCUCGUUAGCAGUAUCAACGGUGUCACGGAAUCGACUAGCAUGUCACCCGAGUUUGUCGGUAUGAUCCUCUUGCCCAUUGUCGGAAAUGUGCCCGAGCACGUCUGUGCCGUCACGGUCUCCAUCAAGGACAAGCUCGACUUGUCCCUCAGUAUCGCCGUCGGGUCGACUAUCCAGGUCGCUCUCGGAAUCCUUCCUUUGUUGGUCCUCAUCGGAUGGGCCAUGGGUCAGCCCAUGUCCUUGUUCUUCGACGCUUUCCAGAUCAUUUCACUGGCGGUAUCGCUCAUCAUCGUCCAGUUCGCCAUCUCGGACGGUCGAAGUUGUUUCGCCGAGGGAUACAUCUUGAUCAUGACCUACUGUAUCUUCGCGCUCUGUUCGUGGUACUACGAUCCUUCCAAGAUCAUCUAAGCAAACGAAUAUCCGAACGGAUAACAAACGGGACCACCUUCGGUGGGACGGACAUUUUCUAUCUUAGCCGUGAUUGAGUGCGACUGUUGCGCUCUGGCAUCAAAUCUGUUUUGUAUUCGGGAUCAUACACGAA